CUAGUAUUCUCUGCAGUAGUAAUUCAGAUCGUAUCAACAUGCGCUUCGCAAUCACCGCCGCCUCGCUGAGCCUCAUUUCUUCGGCUUUGGCCAUCACCAUCACCGAGCCCACAUCAGGCACUGAAUGGGAUUUCUCCACUCCCAAAACCAUCAAAUUCACCAGCGAUGCCAACGAUCCGUCAGUGAUCAGCAUCAUCUUGCGCACCCAGGACGGAUCUUUCCAAACCAAGCUGGCGGACAACGUAAAGACUUCCACUGGGGAAUACACUACCCAGCCCAACCCUAGCAUUUCCAACGGGUCUGACUAUGAAAUCGAGAUCAUCGACUCGUCGGGCGAGCUCGCUGUGAGCCCGACUUUCACUGUCGAAAAGGGUGCAUCGACCGAUGGAUCGACUACGUCUACCUCUGCAUCUUCAUCCUCUUCUACGGGUACUACGCUCGCCACGUCCGCGUCUGCUACCUCGAGCUCGAACAGCACUUCCACCACGACUACCGCUCAGCUAUCCACCGGCGCGGCUUCAUCUACAUUCAACGCUCCUCAGGGACUUGUGGCUCUGAUUGGGGCUGCUUUGGCGCUUCUCUACGCCUGACCAUCAACUUCAUUUCGGAAUCAUGCACACGCUUGUUUUUAGUCUAC